UGUGUAAACCAAGAGAGAGAAAGCAGAUCCUCCCUCUCAUCGCCCUCUUUAUUCAAACCAAUUUGCAUUCCCCCCAAACCGUUAGUCUGCAUCCUCUCUCUCUCUCUCUAGAUUCCUCCUCUCUCUCAUGGCAAUCGCUACAGAAACGCAGGUUGCACAAAAGGCUUCUACAGAGGCAGCAUCGGAAAAGAAGAGGUGGACGCUUAAUGAUUUCGACAUCGGGAAGCCGCUUGGAAGGGGGAAGUUUGGGCAUGUGUAUAUAGCUAGGGAAAAGAGGAGCAACCACAUUGUUGCACUGAAAGUGCUCUUCAAAAGCCAGCUUAAACAAUCUCAGGUGGAACACCAACUUCGCCGGGAAGUCGAAAUUCAAAGCCACCUCAGACACCCUAACAUCCUAAGACUCUAUGGCUACUUCUAUGAUCAGAAAAGAGUCUACCUGAUCCUGGAAUAUGCUGCCAAAGGAGAACUCUAUAAGGAGCUGCAAAGGUGCAAACACUUCGGUGAACGACGUGCUGCUACAUAUAUUGCUUCCUUAGCGCGGGCUCUUAUAUAUUGUCAUGGGAAGCAUGUUAUUCAUAGAGAUAUUAAACCAGAGAAUCUUUUGAUUGGUGCACAGGGUGAAUUAAAGAUUGCUGAUUUUGGUUGGUCUGUGCACACAUUCAGUCGCAGGCAGACCAUGUGUGGUACUCUAGAUUAUCUCCCACCGGAAAUGGUUGAGAGUGCUGAACAUGAUGCAAGUGUUGACAUAUGGAGUCUUGGUAUUCUAUGCUAUGAAUUCCUCUAUGGUGUUCCUCCCUUUGAAGCAAAAGAACACUCUGACACAUAUAGAAGGAUUUUGCAGGUAGAUUUGAAGUUUCCUCCGAAACCGGUAGUCUCCUCAGCUGCCAAAGAUCUGAUCAGUCAGAUGCUUGUUAGAGAAACAUCAAAGCGAAUGCCUUUACACAAACUCCUUGAACAUCCAUGGAUAGUUCAGAAUGCCGAUCCAUCAGGUGUCUACAAGUUUUAAUUCAUCAUCAUGUUCAUUAUCAUUCACUGUCCUUGACCAAACCAUUGCGUAUACCGAAUGAGGAGCAGAUAAUAUAUAUUUUCUUUAUCAGAACUAUUUGUUGUAUGUAUCUAUUUUUUUAUAUCGUGUUGUCUGUUGAUGGUAAAUCAGGAGUAUGAAUAAGAUCCAAGGCAAGUUUGACUGAGAA